UUGUCUAUUCAAUCAAUAAGUUUCCAGUAAAAUUUGAUUUUCUCGCCUUGCCUUUGCCUUUGCCUUUGCCUUUGCCUUGUAUAGUUUUCUUUAUUUUUUUCUUUUUUCUGUAACUACUAAAAAUUCUUCCAUUCAUUAAGAUUCUGGCGUUUCAUGUACAUGCCAUGUUAUUGAUUUUCUUGGUACUCAAAUGGGUUUCUUGAGCACUUUCUUGGGAGUUCUUGGUUUUGGAUUAGGACUUCCUAUUGGACUUUUAGUUGGGUUCUUUCUCUUUGUUUAUUCUAAGCCUGAAGAUGUUAAGGAUCCAGUGGUUAGGCCGCUUUAUGAAUUAGACUCGAGCACCUUGGAAGAUAUGAUGCCUGAGAUUCCAUUUUGGGUGAAAUGCCCUGAUUAUGAACGGGUGGACUGGAUGAACACGUUUCUCUUGCAAAUGUGGCCUUACCUCGAUAAGGCAAUAUGUGCUACAAUAAAAAGCACAGCAGAACCAAUAUUUGCAGAGUACAUUGGAAAAUACAAGGUAGAGGCGAUUGAAUUUGAGUGUUUAACUCUUGGAACUCUUCCUCCUACAGUUCAUGGUAUGAAAGUAUACGAGACUAACGAGAGGGAUUUAGUUAUGGAACCAGCAAUUAAAUGGGCUGGCAAUCCUAAUAUUGUUUUGGUGUUAAAAUUGAUGUCUUUACAAGUCACAGUUCAGUUAGUCGAUUUGCAAAUAUUUGCAGCACCACGGAUAGCUUUGAAGCCACUAGUGCCUACCUUUCCAUGCUUUGCAAACAUUGUGGUAUCCUUGAUGGAGAGGCCACAUGUAGAUUUUGGACUAAAAAUUCUGGGAGGUGAUGUAAUGUCCAUUCCUGGCCUUUACCGAUUUGUUCAGGAGGCCAUCAAAAAACAAGUAGCAAGUCUCUAUCUCUGGCCCCAAUCUCUUGAUAUUCCUGUCCUCGAUGCAUCAACUGUGGCUGUGAAGAAGCCUGUGGGAAUACUGCAUGUGAAGGUUGUGCGAGCCAUAAAACUCUUAAAGGCUGAUUUAUUGGGGACAUCUGACCCUUAUGUAAAACUCAGCCUGACAGGAGAGAAGUUGCCAGCAAAGAAAACCACAAUUAAGAAGAACAAUUUGAACCCCGAGUGGAAUGAGAACUUCAAGCUUGUUGUCAAGGAUCCUCAGUCUCAAGUUCUUGAACUGCAAGUGUUUGAUUGGGAUAAGGUUGGUGGACAUGACAGACUAGGGAUGCAGCUAGUUCCAUUAAAAACCCUGACUCCUUAUGAUACAAAGGAAUUGACUCUUGAUUUACUUAAACACACAAAUAUUAGCGAUCCUCAAGACAAGAAAAGAAGGGGGAAAAUUGUGUUGCAGCUUAGUUUUGUGCCUUUUAAAGCAGACAGUGCCAAAUUCAAUGAUCCUUUGGAUGUUGGAAAUGGCAACAAGUCUUCUGAUGAUGAGAGAUUGAGUGGAGCAGGUUUACUUUCAGUUUUUGUUCAAGGAGCUGAGGAUGUAGAAGGGGAGCAUCAUUGUAAUCCUUAUGCAGUAGUCCUUUUCAGAGGAGAAAGGAAGAAAACAAAGAUGAUAAGAAAAGCUCGUGACCCGCGUUGGAAUGAAGAAUUCCAAUUUACACUUGAUCAGCCUCCUUUACAUGAGAAGAUCCGUAUCGAUGUUAUGAGUAAACGAACAAGAUUGAGUUUUCGAUCAAAGGAACAAUUAGGACAUGUUGAAAUUAAUCUUGCUGAUGUUGUGCAUAAUGGACGUAUCAACGAGAAAUACCAUCUAAUCGAUUCGAAGAAUGGUAUGAUACAUGUCGAGACACGGUGGGAUACAGUUUGAGAAAUGGUGUGAUAAGAUGUUCUUGUGAUUACUUGUUCAUAGCUAUUUAAUUUAUACUACAGGAGUUUAACUGUAUCUCAUUUACAGGAGAAUGGAAAUGAUAUUGCAUUGCAUUUUUUCCUUUUUUCAUUCUUUUGAAAUGGUUAUGUUGAUGAUACUGCAUUUGUACCGAGUACACUUCAAAAAUGUAACUCUUCUACUAAAAUUUAUAAUGACUGUUUGAUGAACA